AUGUAAAAAUACUUAUUAAAUGGAUUUGAAGUUUUUAAAGUCUUGCCAAUCUCUCACGAAAUUUUAAGAAAGAAGAUUUUUGAGCAUUAUAAUUUCACCAAUAAAGAGGAAGAUACCCUAAGCACAAUGAUUGACACUCUAAGAUUAUAUAAUAAACUUCAUUCUAUUGAAGCUUUGGCAUUGGCAGCCCCACAAGUAGGAUGGGAGAAGAGACUUUUCGUUUGUGCUGACUUAGAAUUGUAAUAGAGGAAAAAAGCAAAAUAUAUUCAGAAAGUUGAUGUUUACUUGAAUCCAGAGAUAAUUAAAAAAUCCAAUGAUUUAAUUGUGAGCAAAGAAAAUUGCCUCAGCAUUCCACCUAAUUAAAUAGCUUGUGUGAUGAGAUCAAAUAAGAUAACUAUGAAGUAUUAUAAUUUAUUGGGAAUUGAGAUGGUUGUAGAGGCAGAAGGAUUGCAAGCCUGUAUCUAUCAACAUGAGAUUGAUCAUUUAGAUGGAAUUAAUGCUUUAGAAAAAGCUACUUCCAUUAUAGAUAGCUAAUAGCGUUGA